UUUAUCAUAUUGAUUUCCUCAGACUUGGUGCCUUUGUCAAUAAAUGUUCUUAUCUGGGUCUGAUUCAAUGAAUGAUGACCUUGCGUAUCCCGUUGUGUUCUUGCAUGGCGACCUUGAUUUGAGAAUCAUCGAAGCUCAAUAUUUGCCGAACAUGGAUUUGAUGUCGGAGCGUCUCCGGCAAUGUUUCAUGGCAUUCAAAUCCCCGUUUACUGGAGGAAAGAAGAAGAAGCAUCGUCACCAUAAGAUCAUCACCAGCGACCCUUACGUGACGGUUUGCCUUGCCGGUGCCACGGUGGCGCGGACGCGCGUGAUUUCAAAUUCCCAGGACCCGGUUUGGAACGAGCGCUUCAAAAUACCCCUUGCCCACCCCACGUGUUCCAUCCAGUUUAACGUUAAGGAUAAUGACUUGUUCGGCGCUGAGUUGAUCGGGAUCGCGACGGUGCCCGCAGUUAAAGUUCUCUCCGGCGAAACGAUUAGCGGGUGGUUCCCUAUAAUCGGUUCUUACGGAAGACCACCAAAACCCGACUGCGCGAUUCACCUUGAAAUGAGAUUCAACAAAUGCGAAGAAACGCCGUCAUAUAGUUAUGGUAUGGCGGCAAACCCGACGGAAUUUUCAAUCAGGGACUGUUAUUUCCCCCUCCGGCACGGGGGUUCCGUUACUUUGUACCAAGACGCACACACCCAUGAAUCAUCGUUGCCGAAGAUUGAAUUGGAGAACGGAACCAAGUUUAAACACGAGUCGUGUUGGGAAGAUAUCUGUCAUGCAAUUUUAGAAGCGCAUCACUUGGUUUACAUCGUGGGAUGGUCGAUUUAUGCUCAGGUGAAGCUUGUAAGAGAGCCGACACGGCCGUUGCCAAACGGUGGUAAUUUGACUUUGGGGGAUUUGCUUAAGUACAAAUCGGAAGAAGGUGUUAGAGUUUUGCUCUUGGUUUGGGAUGACAAAACCUCCCAUAGCAAGUUCUUCAUUAACACGGCGGGAGUGAUGCAAACACACGAUGAAGAAACUCGGAAGUUUUUCAAGCACUCAUCGGUUUCAUGCGUGUUGUCACCUCGUUACGCCAGCAGUAAGCUUAGCAUUAUCAAGCAACAGGUUGUAGGAACCCUCUUUACACACCAUCAGAAAUGUGUGAUUGUGGACUCACAAGCAUCCGGAAACAAUCGGAAGAUCACUGCUUUUUUAGGAGGCCUUGACCUUUGUGAUGGUCGCUAUGAUACACCUGAACAUCGGCUAUUUCGGGAUCUUGAUACUGUGUUUCAGAAUGAUUUUCACAACCCUACAUUUUCUGCGGGAACCAAGGCCCCGAGGCAACCAUGGCAUGAUUUGCAUUGCAAGGUUGAAGGUCCAGCUGCUUAUGAUAUUCUUACCAACUUUGAGCAGCGAUGGAGGAAAGCAACAAAAUGGUCCGAGUUCGGGCUUAGAUUCAAGAGGGUUUCUAGGUGGCAUGACGAUUCUUUAAUAAAGUUAGAACGGAUUUCUUGGAUACUAAGCCCUUCUGCUACAGUCCCAAAUGAUGAUCCUUCAUUAUGGGUUUCCAAUGAAUUAGAUCCAGAGAACUGGAAUAUUCAGGUUUUCCGCUCUAUAGAUUCAGGAUCUGUGAAAGGGUUCCCGAAGAAUGUGAUUGAAGCAGAAUCUAAGAAUCUUGUUUGUGCAAAAAAUCUGGUGAUAGACAAGAGCAUUCAGACAGCAUACAUCCAGGCAAUUAGAUCUGCUCAACACUUCAUAUAUAUUGAGAACCAAUAUUUCAUUGGAUCAUCGUAUGCUUGGCCAUCUUACAAAGAAGCAGGUGCUGACAAUUUAAUACCUAUGGAAUUGGCGUUGAAGAUUGCUAGUAAGAUAAGAGCGAAGGAGAGAUUUGCAGUAUAUGUUCUUAUACCAAUGUGGCCCGAGGGCGCCCCUACUUCAGCCUCCGUGCAAGAAAUUCUCUUUUGCCAGGGACAGACUAUUCAAAUGAUGUACAGAAUCGUAGCACAAGAGUUGAAAUCGAUGGGUAUCGAGAAUUCUCAUCCACAAGACUACCUAAAUUUCUACUGCCUUGGUAAUAGGGAAGAUAUUCAUGGAGAUUCUAAGCCAAGUUCACCCCAAUCGAACCAUGGUGAAACGGUUUCGGCUUCACAGAAGUUCAAACGGUUUAUGAUUUAUGUACAUUCUAAGGGAAUGAUAGUAGAUGACGAGUAUGUGAUAAUGGGAUCUGCCAAUAUUAAUCAACGAUCUUUGGCCGGGUCAAGGGACACUGAGAUAGCAAUGGGUGCAUAUCAACCUUAUUACACAUGGGGUGAGAGGAAGAGACAUCCGCAUGGUCAGGUUUAUGGAUAUAGAAUGUCACUCUGGGCCGAACACAUGGAAAAGAUGGAUGACUGCUUUAAUGAACCCGAAAGUUUGAACUGCGUGAAGACUGUCAACAAAAUCGCAGAGGAGAACUGGUUAAGGUAUACAAGUGAGGCUUUUAAGCCGUUACAGGGACACCUACUCAAAUACCCCAUUGCGGUAGAUAGCAACGGAAAAGUAAGCCACUUGACCGGACAAGAGACCUUCCCGGAUCUUGGUGGGAAGAUAUUGGGAACUCGAACAACGCUUCCUUGUGCUCUUACUACCUAGGUUUCACCAUUUAACAAUAUUCAUAUCAUUGUGUGGGUUCAGUUCAAUACCAAAGGACGGGAAACAAAUUCGGGCAGGUAUAGGUUCAAUGCGAGUCUGGUUCAUCCUAUAUAGACUGUAUAU